UUAUUGAUAAUAGUCAGUGAAUGGACAGAAAUGUUUCGGAUCUGAAACUACACACAUGAAUGAACCACCAGUCAACUUUAAAACCAAUUCAUACAAUUGCAUCCAGUAAGGGGGUGGUGCAAAUACCACGUGUGCACUGAAGCUGUCUUUCGGUAUAACGGUGGUCUGUGGAGUAAAUAAAGCUGAGCAGUACCUAGUAGCCGGUGCUUAAAGGAAACAACGUUGUGUACCGAUUGGUGAACAAAGCGUGCUAACAUAAAAUAGACUUGCAUAUCGGUUUGAAGCUCUUCGUUCUACAUUGUAAAUCGCCUUCGCACUAGGCCAAACAACGCUGCAAGCAUGCCUUCAUCAGAAACCCAAGCACUGAAAGAAGAAGAAGAUGUUCAGGAAGAAAACCUUGUUCUAGAAAAACUUCACAGCGACGAAGUCAAUAAAGUAGAACUGAAGAAGAGUAUAUCUCUCGCCAACGGCGUCGGGCUGAUAGUGGGCACAAUUAUUGGUGCGGGGAUUUUUAUAUCUCCGGCUGGCGUUCUUUCUAAUGCAGGCUCUGUUGGUUUGACGAUGUGUGUUUGGUUCGCAUGUGGAAUUAUUGCUUCACUUGGUGCUUUAUGUUACUGCGAAUUGGGCACAACUAUCCCAAGAACUGGAGGAGAGUACGCUUAUUUCACGUACAUUUUUGGGCCCAUACCUGCCUUUCUCUAUUCAUGGACUGCCAUUUUGGUCGUAAAGCCUGCCGCCAUCGCUGCUGUGUCAAUGGUUUUCGGGCAGUAUGUCACGAAACCGUUUUAUCCAGACUGCGAGCCCCCCAGCUACUUGAUCAAAAUUAUUGGUUUCAGUAGCAUAGUCAUCAUCACCAUUGUCAACUGCAUCAGUGUCAAAGCAGCUGUCCGUAUGCAAGACGCAUUCACUUAUGCCAAACUUGUUUGUAUUGCAAUUCUCGUGGUAGUUGGCAUAAUUGAGCUGGCCAAAGGUGGAGGCAAAAAGGCCUUUGAUAAUUCCUUCAAAGGGACCACAAGUGAUUUUAGCAAAAUUGCAUUGUCUUUCUACAUGGGAUUGUGGGCAUACGAUGGAUGGAACACACUGAACUAUGUAACAGAGGAAAUGAAGAAGCCUGCAAGGGAUCUACCAUUAUGUCUUGGCAUAUCAAUGACCGUGGUUACAGGAUGUUAUGUCCUCAUAAAUAUCGCAUACAUUGCUGUCUUGGGUAAAGAUGGAAUUCUGGAGUCAGCAGCUGUUGCCUUGAGUGUGGGUAACAUCUACCUUGGACCUAUGAAAUGGAUUAUUCCCAUUCUUGUUGCUGCUUCAACAUUUGGAGCUGUAAAUGGAUGUGCAUUCAGCAAUGGAAGACUUGCAUUUGCUGCAGCAAGGGAAGGCCAUCUACCUAUUGUAUUGGCUAUGGUUCAAACUGAAAAGCACACCCCACUUCCAUCAUUAGCCUUCACAUCUUUCAUCGCUUGUCUGUUGUUGAUUCCUGAUGCAAGCUCCUUCGAACUCCUCGUUGAAUUGUUCAGCUUCUCGUCAUGGGCAUUUUACUGCAGUGCAUUCGUUGCAUUGCUGGUUUUAAGAUACAAAAAGCCAGAUAUACCAAGACCCUACAAGGUUAUCAUUGUCGCACCAAUCCUGAUGGUUGCUGUAUCGAUCUACUUGGUGGUUAUGCCCUUCAAAAGCUCUCCAGUAGGCUGCUCUAUUGCCCUGGGCGUAAUUCUUCUUGGUAUUCCUGUGUAUUUUCUUUUUGUCCGCUACAAGUACUUGCCAGACUGGUUCUUCAACGGAAUAGAUGCGUUUACAAGGAAAUGUCAAAAACUGUGCAACGUUGCACUGAUGGACAAUAGAGAAGACAAGGUCGAAGAGGAAAUGACCGUAACAUGAAAACGUGCCAUCUUAGGCUACUUUAAUUACUAUUAUUGCUAGUAUUUAUUACUUAAGUAGGCUAUUGCAAUUUCUAGUACUGAAUGGAAAGAAUUGUCGAAGAUAAUACACUAGCAUUGCAAAGACACAGGGGAAAUGGCUGGUAAAAAUGAUGCCAUUGAAAAACAUGAUUAGUUUCAUAUCAACCGUAGUUUUGAACAAAAUAUUCAUAAAGUUUUCAAAAAAUUUAUAUUUCGCGUUUGAAUUGCAUACCAGUUGCAUUUUAAUGAUAAAAUCUAGAGUGACUUGCAAUGUUGGUUCUGGCCUCCGCAAAAAUUAUUGUCACAACCCAAUUAUAUAAUGGAGGUGAUUUAUGCUGUUAGACCGUUGGUAUAAGAAAAAUACUGUUGUUUUUAUCAUGUGAAACGUUGUAUAUUCUAAUCAUGAAAUUGACGAAGAGAACAGCUUAGGCCUAUUGUUUUUACUUUCGUCUCUUCGGCUGUCUGAAUAUCAUUGACCAGUCAGCCUGUCCUUGUGUGACUUUAAUUAAACUCAUCUGCCGCAUCGGCGAUGCAUUUGAAUUUGUCCUUAACAACCCUUUAAGUAAAGUAUUACUUGCAGCAGUAUUAAUGUAUCACUGGAUAAUUGCGGAUCAACGAAAUCUAAGAUUGCAAAAUUAUUUGUACAUUCAUUACCGAAUUGACAAUUCACUUUGAAAUAUUUUCACUUUGCAAAUGGGGUAUUACAUUUUCGUGUGUUCUUGUAAAAACAUACUACAUAUUUUUUUAGAUUGUUGUUUUUCGUCAAUUGGAUAUCCUAUUAAUUUUUAGUUACUAGUGUUUAUAGUGCGUGAUUUUAGGCCAAUGUUUUGUGCCUUAAAAAUCACGUGUUAUAGUUAUGUGUCAAAAUGGAUCCUCUCUUGUAAUUUAACGAUUUUAAUGUUGUUUCAAAGAUGGUAAUAUAUUUAGCAUCAGAA